UAUUGUACAAAAAUUUUUUUAAUUGUCAAUAACGGAGGAAGAAUUUAUAAUAGUACAGCCUCCAGCUUUAAUUGCAACGAUGUAUGAAGCACUUUCUACCCAGAGUGAUGGAAGUUCCGUAUUUUAUUGUUCAGAUGAAGAUUUACCAUUCGAUAGGAUUAGUUUAUUAUCGUCUACCUUAGAAAAUUUACCGAUGCAAGCGAAAACAACAUUUGAUAAUGACGCUAAUAUUGAUGUCCAGUGCAAAGAGCAUAAAUUAUACUCCAUAUGUUACACUAGUGAUUCCACCUUGCCAUCUCCCGUGCGUACGAUCGGAAAAGAAAAUAAAUUGAAUGCGCACGAAACAGAUUCUAAUGCUGAUUCCAUGACAUCUGUUACUCCUAGCCGACCGAUUGGACCUUGUCCUUUGCCAGCAUUGUCGUGGGCCGAUGAGGUCGAAGUUUGGCAAGAACUUCACAAAAAAGAUGAAAAAUAUGCGCACGUACGUAGCAGCAUAAUGUUCAAAAAGCAUCCCGAUAUGAAACCACACUACCGUACAAUCACACUUAAUUGGUUGAUGGAGUUAUGUGUAACUAAUAAACAGCGUCGUGAAACAUACUAUUUAGCUGUAGAUUAUAUGGAUCGUUAUAUGCACGCCGUACAGUGGAUGCCAAAAUCUUUUUUUCAACUGGUUGGCGUUACAUGUUUGUUCGUCGCUUCAAAAGUUGAAGAAAUACAUGCAUUAGAAAUUAAAGAACUUGCUUCUUUGUCAGAUGGUGUCUGUAAUGAGAUUGAUAUUCGUCGGCAAGAACUAAUAUUGUUAAAAAUUCUCGAUUGGGAUACCAAUGCGAUAACACCAAUCAGCUGGUUGGGUAUUUUUCUACAAUUGAAUGUGAAUAAGUACACAUCAGAUUCACUUGUGGUCUCUGACACAAACACAGGCAAUAAUAAUAUCUCCAAGACGGAGGCAAUACAGACAAAUAACCAAAUUGAUAUCACAGUUAAAGAAAACGCCAAUGAGUACAAUGAGCUGAUACAUACCAAGUCGAUAGAGGAUGAUAGAUGUGUGGAUAGAUUUCUAUAUCCACAAUUCUCUUCUUGCGUAUUUGCACAGACAGCGCAAUUACUUGAUUUGUGUUCCUAUGAUGAAAACAUGGCAGAUUAUAGCUAUGCUGUACUAGCUGCAUCUGCGAUGUAUCACACCUUUAAUGCAAAAAUUGCAGUGCGUCUUUCCGGUUUGCCUUGGGCAUCACUUAAAAAUUGCGUUUUGUGGAUGAGACCAUUUUUUGAAAUAAUUCGUGAAGAAUCCUUAAAAAAAAAGGGCACAGAAAAUCAAGAAUCCGUUUGCUCAAAUACGAUUAUAGAUGAUUCAUAUACCAUGCAAACUCAUGUCACGACUAUUGAAAUGUUUGUCCGUGCAUGCGAGCUGCGGGAAAAAUAUAUGCUCAAUAAGAAGCGUACACAAUCAACAUGCAACGAAGGUCAUGACGGUGAUGAUGACGAAAGUGAUCAGAUAGACGUUGGUAAUCAUCUGACAUAUAAACGGAAAGCUGAAGUUGAUUUAACUACCCUCAAAUGUAAAAAGAAUAAGUCUUUAAAUUUGAGCUGCAAUUGCAGCGAUUAGAAAAGGAGAGCGAAAAACACUCUUCGUCCUUUUCAGAUUUAUGUUGUGUACUCUCCGUCCUUUUCAGAUUUAUGUUGUGUACAUAAAAAAAAAAUUAAGUACAAGAAAAAUAUUUUAUA